UUGGAAUUUGGUGCAAUUUUCAUUCUUUACUGCUUCAUGGAGCCUCUCACUUUCUUAUGUACGUCGCACGAUUCUGUCGCUACCGCUGGGCUCCUGACGGUGCGUUGAGAGCCGCGAGUUUCGUGGCCGCCUAUUCUACAACUAUGAAUCGGAAUCCCUCUCCCGCAAAGAAAAUGGAGCUCCGCUCCGCGGCGCAAUCUCUUCAACCUCAGCCCAGACGCGACAGGAGACGGCGCAACAGGGGCCAGCAGCGGGAGAGCGAGCCUGUUUCUGAUACUUCACCAACCUCCGCGCCUCUAUCGCCCAAUGCUGACGCUACCAUGCAGCGCAUAGAAGUCAUAGCUCAGUCGCUGGAACAGGUCUCCAUCGCCAGAGAGCCAUCCGCGUCGGCGACGCCAUCUCUCCAACCUGGCCCAGGAACGGGAACCUCGAUUGGGUCGCCCCGGCCUCGGCCCAAGAGAGGGAAUGGCAAGGACGAGAAAGUCCCGCCCUCGAAAGGAUCAGGAGGGAUACCCAGCGUAUCCGAGGCAUAUCUCCAAGCCAGCAAUGUCGUCUCACAGCCCCUGGGCGAGCCGCAGAAUCUCCUCGUGGUCAUCGACCUGAAUGGCACGCUGGUCUAUCGCCCGUCGCGGACCGCUCCCCGGAAGUUCCUCACGCGCCCACACGCGCCGCUCUUCCUCAAGUAUUGCCUGGAUACCUUCACCGUGGUCAUCUGGUCGUCCGCGCGGCCCGAGAACGUCAAGGCCAUGUGCGAGGCGAUCCUGCCUCCCGCCCUGCGCCGCAGGGUCGUCGCCAUCUGGGGUCGAGACAAGUUCAACCUGACACCGGAGGACUAUAACCUCCGGGUCCAAUGCUACAAGAGAUUGGACAAGAUCUGGAGCGAUCCAGUAAUCGCCGCUUCGCACCCUGCCUACCUAUCUGGUGGGCGGUGGGACCAGACCAACACCGUCCUCAUCGACGACUCGCUGGAGAAGGCACGCUCAGAGCCGCACAACCUCAUCGAAGUGCCGGAAUGGCUCGGCGACCUCAACGAGGCCGACGAGAUCUUGCCUCAGGUCCACGAUCACUUGAAUUACUUGAGCAUGCAUUCGAACGUGAGUGCCUGCCUGCGUGCCAACCCUUUCAAGCCACGGAUUGGCUAUAGGCGUGCAACGGCCGCAGCAUCCAGAUGAUUAUCCGUCUUCACACUUCCAAAAUCUGCACGUAUGCUCUGCUGAGCAUGCCUCUGCAUUUCAGAGUGCCUUGUCGGGCUAGAAUCUUCCGUAUCCGGGCUAGCCAUGAAUGACAUUCUCUGCCAAUGGCACUACCAAGGGUGGCUUACUGCGUUCAGAAAUUUCCUACCUCUCAGAUACCCCGGGAUCAUUUGAAUAUAGUGUGGAGCAUUGGUCAGAGAGAAUUGCAUCCAAUGAGGAUGACUUUUAAGAAUUCUCUACUGUUUGCUUCGCAAAUAAACUAGCCCUACUAGCCCUAGAAGCCCUUUUAACGCUUCCAUCCUACCGUCAUGUCAUGAU